AUGGAAAAGGAACCAGAGAAAUCGCCGACUGGGCCCGUGUCUAGUCAAGAGGAGACACAUCUGCCUACAUCCACGGCAACAUCUACAACAACGGCUCCAGAAGCCGAACCAGCUCCUAUUCCAACACCCACGACUCCAGCAGCCACUUCAGAAGAGUCACCCUCACCUGUUCCACCUCGACCACAACCACAAGCUUUUCCAGCACCGUACACGGGACACAGUACGUCAUGGACAGGCGCCAGCGUACCACCCCCAUCAACCCACAACGGCCCUAAAGCCAUCCCUCCUCCUCCCAAAGCAUCAGAAAUGCAUCUCUACAAGGCGUCAGCGGCAAUCAGCAAACCGCCUAGCGCACACAUAGAUACUCAACCCCACACCCAAACCCAACCAAACCAAUACCCUCGUCCAUCGUCCAGUCGGGACAGUACAGUGCCUAACCUUGAGCAUCCACCUGGAUACCGCCAGAACCCAGCCAUCGCUCAGCCAUCCCUCGCAACUCUCGCUGCAGAUAGCGCAGCCUUUGGUGCCGACGAGAGCCCCUACUUCGGUAUGAGGCAGGUGUGGGAUCCAGCGCCCGGGGAGGCGGGAGGACGAUACGUUUACCAGUAUGACUUUUUCGGCGAGGAAGAGGAACGUAAUGUUCACGUGGGGGGCGAAGAGGAGUGGUUGUGGAACUCAGCUGCCGGGGCAUGGGAAGCAACUGUUUCGUGGAUGAAGAGUGCUGGGGAGAGAAUGGCGGAGGCAGAAGAGGGGAUUUGGAGGUGGGUUAAUUCCCGCUCAUAG